AUGACAACAUCAAAGGCCGCUGCAUACGUCCAGGUUUCCCCACCUCAAAUGAGAGAGCAAGAUGAGGACGAUUACCUGUCGGAUCUUGAAGAAGCGCAGUCGAUCUCGGGAAGCAAUAUCGAUCCAGCGAAGUUGGCAACACUUCUGAGAAUUAAAUUUGGUGCCGGUACCUACGAUAUACAUAUAGUGCAAAACUCUUACUGGAUCAUUGCGCCACGAAGACUUUCAAUCGGAGAGAUAGCUAGAUGUCAAAGAAGAAGAUAA